AUGGCGACGAUACUAUUCCCGCGAGCGACUUGUCUUCGACCCAUCACAUCGGCCACGCGCACACUGUCGACGCCGACGAUCCAUCUCAGAGCAGCAUUCAGCGUUCUCACGAAAUCAAACCCGCAACUCCCGUGCAACACAUUCACACCAAGCAUCACAGUAACAUUACCACAAUCGAAACAAUGCGCCCCAGUACAAAUCGGUCUACGCCAUGCUUCCUCGCCUAGCCAGGCUGCGGCCUCCGACGCCGUGCCCGAACACAUCCUGACAUGGGACCGCUUCUUCGACCUACGAAAGAAACGACGAUGGAUCAACCUGGGCUGCUCUAUUGUAACGGCAGUCGUAACAGUAGGAGCGGUGACACCAAUUCUGGCGAAUCAAGACUUUGACACAUGGGGUGCGCAAAUAUCCGGACUCGAUCCCGUUAUUGUGCUGGGAGUUUCGACUUUCGCGGUAGCAGCGGGUGGCUGGCUGUGUGGUCCUUCGUUUGGAAGCGCAAUGUUCAGUCUUUGGGCGGCGAGGAGAGGGUGGAAUAAAUUGAUUGCGGAGGUAAGUUGAAGAGAUGGAAGAGGUCGUGCUCCGGCUGACGCAUCGAAACCAGAAAGAAAAGUCCUUCUACGCUCGCAUCAAGCGAUAUCGUGCCGAUCCAUCCGCUUCGAGCCCGCAGAAUCCGAUUCCCGACUACUACGGCGAGAAGAUUGCAAGCGUGAAAGACUACCGGAGAUGGUUGAAGGACCAGAAAGCCUUCAACCUGAAGAAGAACAAGAACAUGAUUUGA